AUGGAAACACCGUUAAGGGAAGUGAGACCAAAGGUGACACUUGUGGUACGAAUGGUAGCUUCAGUGGGUAACUACGAUUACAUCAUUGAUUAUGAGUUCCAAACUGAUGGGGUUAUGAGAGCAAAGGUUGGGCUUAGUGGAAUGUUGAUGGUGAAAGGGACAACGUACGAGAACAAGAACCAAGUGAAGAAAGACAAAGAAGGUAAUGAAGAAGAGCUUUAUGGCACGAUUCUGUCCGAAAAUGUAAUUGGAGUUAUUCACGACCACUACGUCACUUUUUACCUUGACCUCGAUGUCGAUGGCCCGGACAAUUCCUUUGUUAAAGUGAACCUCAAGAGGCAAGAGACGGCGCCAGGUGAGUCACCUAGGAAAAGUUACAUGAAAGCAGUUAGGAACAUUGUGAAAACCGAAAAAGACGGUCAGAUCAAGCUUAGCUUGUACGAUCCAUCAGAAUACCACGUCAUUAAUCCUGGUAAAACAACUCGAGUUGGUAACCCGACGGGUUACAAGGUUGUCCCUAGAGCCACAGCAGCUAGUCUACUUGACCAUGAUGAUCCACCGCAGAAGAGAGGAGCUUUUACUAAUAACCAAAUUUGGGUUACUCCCUACAAUAAGUCCGAGCAAUGGGCUAGUGGUUUAUUCACUUACCAAAGCCAUGGUGAUGAUACUCUUGCGGUUUGGUCCGACAGAGAUAGAGAUAUAGAGAAUAAGGACAUUGUGGUGUGGUACACGCUUGGGUUCCAUCACAUUCCAUGUCAAGAAGAUUUUCCGAUAAUGCCCACUGUUUCUUCAAGUUUCGAUUUGAAGCCCGUAAAUUUUUUCGAGCGCAAUCCAAUCCUUAAGGCCGCUCCAAACUUUGAAUAUGACCUUCCGGUUUGCGGAGCCAAAUCUGAUUCUGCUUGA